AUGAUACAACUUUUGGGAAUCUUGAAGCAUGAACUAUUAGUCACUACUAGUAAAAGUAUUUGGGUUGGUUUGAAAAUCAACCAUACAUGGGGUUCGAGUCAUCUACUAUCCGAAGAUAAUUCUUUACAAACAGUUGAAACUAAUUUAAUAGAUUUUUCUAGGCUUUUUCAACAUAAGGACAGUAAAGCGAUUUCACUAAAUAAGGACACUAAUCAAUCAUAUUUUGAUUGUUUCACUAUGCCAAUUCAUGAUGGUAAUUUGAUACAAAUGUCUAAUUGUUCAAUGCAUUUGGAAAGCAUUUGUUCAUACAAACUUGGGAGAAAUCAAUUGCCGACAAAUAUUAAACAGCAACCAGUCGACAUACCAUUAUGUCCAAAAGGUUGGAUAUCAUUUAGAGAGAAUUGUUACUGGUUACCGUCGAUACACAAAAGAAUGAGUUGGCCAAACGCAGAACGUGUCUGUCAAGAAAAGGCCAGUUACUUUGUAAACCACCGAUCAUUAAACAAUGGUCAUCUGGCUUCUGUCCAUUCUGCAGAAGAAUUACAAUUUCUAAUUAACCUAUCAUUAUCAUCAUCAUUCUGGAUUGGUUUGAAAGCCUUUUAUUCCGGUAUUAAACCUACAUCUUCGUUGAAUUUAGUAUGGAGUGAUGGUUCAGUUAUGGACUUCUCUGUAUUUCCUUCAACCGAUACUUCUACCACAUUGAAUGAACUAGAGAAUCCUGAAAAUUGUAUCUCAGUCACUGAUAGACAUCACCGUUAUUCAUGGGAUAUUAAUGAUUGUAUGGAGGAAAAAAGUUUUAUUUGCCAGUUGUCUAAACUGGAUCUGUUACUACAACAACAGCAACGGCAAACUACUGUUAUGGAUGAUAGACGAGAAAUCAAAUCGCCGCUGACUACUACUACUAUUAUUACUACAACUUGUACCGAAAAAUCAUUCCCAAUACGUAGUAAAGUUGGUCCAUAUUGUUAUAGUGGAUUGUUGAAUGAUGCAAUAGAUUGGAGCAAUGCUGAAUCAAUUUGUCGUAAUAUGCACGCUAAUGCACAUCUUGUCUCAAUUCAUUCACAUGCUGAAUUAAAUGAAAUUACUGAAAUUAUCCAUCUAGAUUCACAAUCAAUGCGCACUACCUGGAUUGGAUUGUAUGAAUCAAACUUUGCUUACAAAUGGUCUGAUCAAACUGAUAUUAAUUAUAUACCAGUUUCAGCUGACAUCAGUAAAGAGUCGAGACAUUACAUGCAAGAUUGUUUUGUGCUGGAUUCAGUUAAUUCAUCAAUAAACUGGAAAGCUAUGCCAUGUAAGAAACCGUCUUUGAGUUUUAUAUGUAGAUUGAAUUUGAAUCCAUCUACAACGAUAUUACAUCCAACUACAUUUGAUUCAUUAAUAUACCCAACAUGUCCUCCUGGUUUCCGAUUCCAUGGGGACCGUUGCUUCCAAUUGAUAACAGACAAAUUUACGUGGAGUGAAGCCAAUGACAAUUGUCAUCAUAUUGUAAAGCCAUAUGCAAAUUACAAUGGAUCCUUAGCCCGUAUCGACAAUGAACUUGAUCAGCAGUUUCUAGCUAGUCUUCUAGAUAAUCUUGAACCUGAAAAAUCGUCUGCAGUAUGGAUUGGUUUGUACCGUAAUUUAUCACAUGGUUCUCACAGUUACGAUUGGUCAGAUGGUAAAAAGCCUCAAUUCAUCAAGCCAAUUAUAAGAGAUCAUCAACUUUCUGUGUAUGGUCAUACUUUUGUUUCACGACCAACUAUUUCAAUCAAGUCGAAAUCAAUGAGUCUAUGCACGUCAAUGUUUCGUGCAACGGAUCCAAGAUUGAAUGGAAUUUGGCUUCAAUGGUCGUGUGAUGAACCAAUUUAUUUAAGUAGUUUAUGUCAAGCUUCACCAAUUUAUCAAAAUAGACAUGUAAAUCAAAUGUUGCUCUCUCCGUAUCGAACAGAGACAUUUUAUUGUCCAUCUGGUUUCCAGUUGGGCACAACUGGUCUGUUAAAAGUUAAAGGUCAAUCAAUGGCAAAACUUUCUCAACCUAUGUGUUAUCGCGUUUUCAAUCAUGUCGCUAAAAUGAACUGGGCUUCAGCAAAUAUGGCUUGCAAAAAUUUAAGCACUCCAACAUAUAACGUCAGUUUGCUGACGAUUGCAUCAGUGUUUGAAGCUAGUUUUCUACGUGUAUGGCUUAAUCAACCACGUGAUAUCAGUGGUGGUGGACUGCCAAUUAGUGAAGCAGUUUGGACAGCUUUAAAAGUACCAACUACUUGCCCUGGUUGCUAUGCAAAUUGGACAUGGGAAACCCAUGAUAAUGAACCGGUCAGAUAUACAGAUUGGUAUAAAUCACCGGGUGAAAAUCCCGGUGGUUGUUAUCUGUUUCAUCAAGCACCUUACACCACACUUGAAAAUAACAGAAUUGAUUCAGGUAUAGGCAGUAUACAAUUGGCAAGUUCAUGUGAAACACAUCAGUUUGUUGCUUGUCAGACAUUAGCUUUAAUAAAUGAUACAUCAUCAAAAUUAUUGUCUUAUCAUCGUAUUACAUCAAAUGUUGAUGUGCCUUCUACUCCACAUCAUCAACCAGUGAGACCGGAUUGUUUUAAACCUAAAAUAGCAAUGAGUAAAUUUGAGCAUGAUGUUAUAUAUGAAACAAAAAUUAUGCAGUCUGUUACCGGGAGACAAUGUCUUAGAUGGGAUUUAAUUGAUCAUAAUUUCACUGAUGUGUCAUUAGAUUUCAAUUUUAUACGAAAUCAUUUACUGUCUGCUGAAAUGGUUCAUGGUGGCAGUAAUACUUAUUCAUAUGCUGAAAAUUAUUGUUCACAUAUACACGAUGGAAAAACACAAUCUACCAAAUUCGGAUGUUAUAUCAGUAUAAAUCCACCGAUGUUUGAGAAUUGUUCUCUAAUUCAGUGCCUACAUUCAGUUCCUACAGCUGGACAAUCUUUUCAUUGGUCUAGUGGAAUCAUGCUGUUUAUAUUCAUUACUGUAUGUUGUAUAUUCAGUAUCUACCUGUUUAGACGUAUCGGUAUUCAUAAAUGUAUUAAAAUUCGACGACGUUAUCAGCCAUUCGAUAGGUAUCGUACAUCACGUAAACGUAAAACAACAUUAUAUCUUGGCAGCACAACCAGUACCACCGAUAUCGUGAACAAUAAUCAUAAUAAUAUCAACGAAGCCGAAUCGUCAUCGACAACUGAUGACAUUCCUGAUAGUUUUCUGUCAUCUGAGCCGCCAAUCAAACGAACUGAUGUUCAUAAUAAUGAUAAUCUCACUUCGUUGCAAACUAGUGGACCAAGAAAGUUGAAUAGUAGUAAUGGUAAUAAUAUGGUUCUUCCAACUAAAUCAAAUGAUAAAUUUACAUUGUCAGCUUUAAACUUAAGUCGUACCGCUGCUUCAAUUGGUUUUAUGAAUCCUAUCUAUGUACCAUUGAACGAUAAAUAUGCAGAAGAUAAUUAUGAUCCAGAGCCAAUAAAUUAAAUCAUCAUUCGUACAUUUUCUUGGUUGUUUAUCUCUAAGAUAAACAUACAAAUAAAUAAACAGAAAUAUACGCGUAUAUUUUCCAUGUCCAUAUCACAGUUUCAGUCUUUCGGUUAUUGAAUAAAGUAAUUGUCAAAAAAAUUUCCUGAUGGUACAUAGUAAAUUACUCGAUAACAUCACUUAAUUUUUCACGUCACCAUACAGUAAUCAUCAUUGUUUAUGUUUC